AUGAACUCUCCCAGGGGCUCAUCAGUGGACCAGACCCCAGGGCUAUCCAGCUCAGGGGUCACCCAGGGGCUCUCUCGAUUUCCAGGCCCUGGAAUGCGCCAGGUCUUACCUACCACACAUUCCAUACCAAAUAAAAUCCCAGCGCCUACAACCUUCCAGAGGUCUCCUGGUGGCAGCAGAGCACCAGGUGGAGGUCAACUACGAGGUGCGGGAGUAAGCCACUACCCCGGCGCCGCCUCCAGGUUGUUUGGUGUUGGCCUCACACCCCAAUAUGGGAACUGGAAUCUGGCUGGUGCAGAGGUUCUGGCCCCUACUGGGGCCACCUAUGGACAACAAACAACAAAUUUAUCCAAAAUGUCGUCGGCUUAUGGUGGCUCGGUGACAAAUUUAGGUACCUUCGGGCCCGGGUAUGGUAGUAAUCUCAAGACAGUACCUGGGUGUGGGCCAUCCUCGGCACCAACAUCUCCCAGGCCCUCACACCGCCCACGCCCUCAACCGUUCCACGAGCGGACUCACGUUGAGACUCAGACCAGCUUCCACAGUUCAGCAUCUUCACCACAGGCCAGCAGCCGGCCACAGUCCCCGCCCACCAAGCUGGCACCGUCCCCAGACAAGUCACAAGAACUUGACAGUGACGACAAUAACCAUGGAAAAGAUCACUAUAAGCGCUCACACGACACACACACCCCGCCACUAUCACCAUCAUCACUCACCUUCAUGCCCCAACCUCCAACCUCCACCGCCAAACCUCCUCCCUCCCCCAAGUCUCCCACGGGACGUAGAAUAUCCCGCAAGCACACUCUCUUUAACUACGACAUGCUAAAAAAUGCUUUUUGUCUCUCCUGUCCGCCCGUGGGACUCGACUUCUCCUCAUCCGUGGCUGCCAAAUAUCAUCACCACCACGCCGCCGCAGAUGACGAGAUCUGA